AUGUUCCGUGGUAGCUCCAGCUCCGGAGGCUCGAAAUCAGAGAAGGCCGACACCAGCUCUGUGUCCGACCCCGCAUCAAGCACCAGCCCGAAGGAGAGAGCGGCCGACAGCGCUGGCAAGUCGCCGUCUCCGGACAAGGAACAAGACUUGGCUGGCGCCGACCGCUCCUCCCCGUCUCCAGUCAAGGCGGCGGACCAGGCUGCCAGUGGCGAGAAGCGCAGUGGCAAUGGUAGUCCCCCGAGUGCAAGCAGCUCGGCCGACCAGAAGAAACGACGGAGCAGCGGGACUCCUUUGCAGAAGCUAGGCAAACAGGACCAGGCCCUCGCUGUACCCCAGGGCCAGCACAACAAUGCCGCGGGCGAAUCCCUCCCCGGGCCCCGGUCCACCUUUCGAGUCGGCGUUUGGGAGGAUAGGAACAAGAAGUGCAGGCGCACCAUGGAGGAUACCCACGCUUUCCUCUACAACUUCCUUCAUACUCCGGCUCCCGCGCUUGGGGCGGAGGGCAGUGGGCAGGCCCAAGCGCAGCCCGCAACCGUUGUUAGUGCGAAUGAGGCGGAGAGCCAGGGCGGGGCCGCAGCCGACGAGGAGAUGACCGAAACCGACAAUGGAUACUUUGCUAUCUUCGAUGGACACGCAGGUACAUUUGCGGCGGACUGGUGUGGGAAAAAACUGCACAUAAUACUGGAAGAGAUCAUUCGGAAAAAUCCCAACUCCCCUAUACCCGAGCUUCUCGAUCAAACCUUCACGGCCGUCGAUGCGCAGCUAGAGAAGCUGCCUCUCAAGAACAGUGGCUGUACAGCGGCUAUUGCCGUGCUCCGCUGGGAGGACCGAGUCCCGAGCAGCCUUUCUGCGACCGGUUCGCAGGCGAUCGCACCCGCUCUCGCCAAAGCCGCGGCCGAAGAAGCCUCCCGGCCAGAAGAGGCUUCGGCUUCCUUGGCAGCCCCGGAUGCUGCCCACGCAAAGUUAAAGAGCACCGCAGCGAGGCAGCGGGUCCUCUACACCGCCAACGUCGGUGACGCUCGCAUCAUCCUCUGUCGCCAGGGGAAGGCACUGCGUUUGUCGUACGAUCACAAGGGUAGUGAUGAAAAUGAGGGCAAACGUAUUACUAACGCAGGUGGUUUGAUACUGAACAAUCGUGUCAAUGGUGUGCUCGCCGUUACCCGCGCGCUUGGUGACACCUACAUGAAAGACCUCGUGACUGGGCACCCAUACACCACGGAGACCGUUAUCCAGCCUGACUUGGACGAGUUUAUCAUUAUUGCCUGCGAUGGGCUCUGGGACGUCUGCUCGGACCAAGACGCGGUCGACCUGGUACGCAACGUGCAAGAUCCCGUGGCCGCGGCCAAGCUACUUGUCGAUCACGCCCUGGCCAAAUUUAGCACCGACAACCUGUCGUGCAUGAUUGUCCGCCUCGACAAACAGGCUCUGCUCGAGAACCAGAACAACAAGGACCGCGCCAUCGGUGUCGAGGGCGACGCCGGCACCGGCACAGCUUCGGGCCAUACUGGUAUCAGCGAGACUGAGAAAAUUCUCAAAUCUACCCAGGCGAGCAUUGCUGAUGGCCGGAGCUCGCCCAUGGGUGUGUCCGCUAGUAAUAGUGGGAAGGGGCAUGACUUGUCGGGUCCACCUGCCUCUGUACCCACGUCCGCUCCUGUCGCUGGUGAAGGGGAAGGCCAGGCUGGAUUUGUUCCCACCUUGAUCGAGGGUUCCGUGGAGGAGGAGCCGGCGGCCAUCGGGGGCAUGGACGAUUUGAGGGUGUCUCCCGAGGCAACGGUCCCGCCCGCGUCUGCGUUAGAGGCGGAACCCGAUAAAAUCGAGCUGGAUCCGCCUGCUGAUGCAAAUACAGCUGCGGGCGCGGACAAAAGCGCCUAG